UCCUAUAUGAUUUAUAAAAGGAAAAUGCCUCUAAUAUUUCGAAAUAUCAUUAAUAAUAUGAAAGAUAUUUCCAAUUUAUAGCCUAGCGGGUGAAUUUCCCCAACUAAUAUGUGCCUUAUCAAAAUUAACACCGAAGUCGGUAUAAUGUUCUCCGAACGGGAAGAUGAGCUUACCCGAGAAUUAGGCUGCUAUAAGCAGUGGACGCAAGGCGAGCAGUCCGCUGAACUACUCGAAGCACACCUUUAUAUAGUAUGACCUAGAUGCUACAGUUAUAACCAAAGAUGUCUGCCCGAUACAUGAAACUCCCAACCUCAGAUCAGUACGACGAUAUCCGCCUGGAUUUCUCCUCCUCCUUUGAUUACAACAAAGGAGCCAAUCAAAACACUCCAUUCAAUAACGAAAACUACAGAUCUGCUUUCACUUUUUCAAAUUCCCCAGCAUACAAUGCAUACACUGAGAAUAUACAGUUUACAAGAGGUAAAGUGAAGCAGCCAUUGAUUGGGCGAAUCUGCCACCUGUUUCUGACCGCCUGCUGUAUGCUUCUGCUGAUCCUUACCUUCCCUAUCAGUGGGUGGUUCUGCUUCAGAAAACUUGGAGAGUACGAGAGAAUUGCAAUAUUUCGGCUCGGACGACUUGUAGAAAUCAAAGGCCCAGGAAUAGCAUUUAUUUUACCUUGUGUGGAUAACUGCAGAAAAGUGGACAUGAAAAUUAAGGCAUUUAAAGUUCCCCCACAACAGAUUAUAUCCUCGGAUGGAGGUGUUGUGGAGGCAGGAGCCGAUGUUUUCUACAAAAUCGUUGAUGCGGAAAAGUUUGUCCUGAGUUUGCAGGAUCUGGACUCGCCUCUGCGCACGCUGGUCAUGGCAUCACUCAAAAACAACUUUGUGCGGAGGGAUGUUGAUGACAUGCUGACUAAUAAGCUGAUUAUAGCUGCUGAAAUUAAGGAAGACACAAACUCUACAACCAGUGGCUGGGGAGUGGAGGCUGUCAAGGUAGAAAUACCACUGAUAAAAAUUCUGCAUGCCCCAGAGCCCAAGAACCCGUUAGCUGGACUCGGUUUGGGAGGGGAUCUCCCCAAUACUUUCCAGCAACUCGCCACCAUGUUUAUGCAGAGUGCCAAAGAUUCCAGUGCUAAGACACCCAAUGAGGAGCCGGGGGCCACAGCGGCCCCAGCCACACUACCCACUGUGAUGGCGCUCUCUCCAGAUGGCGCUGCUGGCAGUGUAGAGGGUGCUCCUAACCCAAGGGAGAUCAUCCGAGUGGCUAGAGGGCUGAUCAAUGAGACGACAGUCAGACAAAAUGGCUGCCUGUAUCUGUUCCAGCUGGAUGGGGAAAAUGGAGGAUUGUUUUACUUGGAUCUCAAGAAUGGCAAUGGGGGUGCAGGAGAAGGCUUGCCCUCUACGGAACCUGACGUGACCUUGACCUUAUCUGUGUCAGACAUGCAGAACAUGUUUAUGGGGAACAUAAAGCCUCUACAAGUUUACAUGAGUGGAAGGUUGAAAGUGUCAGGGGACUUAUCGGCGGCCAUUAAUAUAGAGGACUUUGUGAAGAGAGUAGUAGAUAAAAUGAAAUACGAUUCAAGGGAAAAUGAUGGUAGACUUCAAUAUGUAUAAAAUAGAUUAAAUAUGGCUAUGAUUGCUGAAGUACAUGUAUCAACAAAAACAGUCAACAAAAAUGUGUGAAGUGUCCAUAUUUUUAAUUUGAGUGGAACUUUCUCAUUGUAUGUGAUAUCCCUUUUCUAGCCAGGAAUAUUCAAUACAUGUACAUUCAGAGAAUUUCUUAAUGUUAAAACAUCUCAGGCAUCUGGUACUAUGCUGAAAUACUAUUUUGGUUUUUUAAUUAGUUAAGUAAUUGUGAAUUAAUUUAUAUUUGUGGAAUCAAUUUUUCAGUGAUUUUUUCUCUGGAUCUUAUUAAAUUGUCAAUAUAUAUCUUAAAUUGCUUUUCAAUAUUUAUUGUCAGAUGCUAUUUCUGUUUUUUGUAGAUUAGGGCAUAAAAUAUUUUUUUUAGAAUUUAAUCAUUAUGAAUGAUUAAGAUUACACAGCAUGAUUAUGCACCCGUAGAUGAUAGUUUGUGUGUGUGUGUUGUUUAAUUAGGAAUCACAUUUGACUCAUAGAGUCAGGCAAGCUAAAUGUUCAAUUCAUGAUGUAUUUAACUUUCUUUAACUUCAUUAUCUUGAAACACUUGCUGAGUGAUUGCAUGUAACAGUCUAACUUGGCCAAGCAAAGUUAGCUGGUGUUGAUUCUGACAACCCUCUUCCAUUGCCAUGUUUUAUCUCAGAGGAACAAACCAGGUCCCAAUGUACAUGUUUAAAAAAUUAUGUUUUUGUAAAAUGCUAUUUCAUUGGCUUUAAAUAGUGUUCAUGCCUGUAUAAACUUUCGUUUUGAUGCCACAAAAAAAUCAAUAUGCUUGAUUUUACAUUUAUAUAAUUAUGUUUAUGAAUAGGACAGUUCAUCUCAACAUUAUGAUAGAGAAUUCAAUUACACCAUAGCAAGGGGGUUUACACGAGUAUAAAUUGGCCAGGAAAGUUUACACUUCUUUAUAAACUGCCCAGUCCAUUUAUUUUUAUUGUAUAACUUCUCUAGAUUUUGAGGUUAAUACUAUACAGUCCUAUAGUAGAUUUUAGCAUAUAAGUACAUGUACCUGUAUGGACUUCCCUGUGAUAAAGUCCCUGAAAAAAUACAUUACGGUGUAUUUUAUUUAUUUGCUUAUACUUAUUCAUAUCUGAGUGUUUUUCUUUUAUUUUGUUGUAUCUUUUUUUUGUAUUUAUAUUUAAGAGAAUAAAUGUCACACUUUAUUUAAA